AUGGUACAUGCUUUUCACGACGGAAUGGAGGGUAGAGUAAAUUUUGAUGGUACAUCUUCAAGAAGCUUUGAUAUAAAAAAUGGUGUCAAACAAGGCUGUGUGCUCGCACCAACCCUCUUUGGAAUCUUCUUCGCUAUGAUGUUACGACAUGCCUUUGAUUCUUGUGAUGAAGGCAUCUAUAUAAAAACCAGGUCAGAUGGUCGAUUAUUUAAUCUUAGCCGCUUGAAAGCAAAGACUAAAACAUCACAACUUCUACUCUACAGCAAAGAGAAUUACUCUUUGCUGAUGAUGCCGCAGUGGUCUCCUAUUCAGAAAAAGCACAGUUAUGACCUAUCUCUUGAUCCUGACCUAGAGGCUUGUAUUGGCAAAGCCACUGCUACAUUUGCACGUCUUCAAAAGCGUGUGUGGAAAAACAACUACCUUACCAUCUGCACAAAAAUGCAAGUUUACUGUGCCUGCGUUCUUAGUACCCUGCUGUAUAGCAGCGAAGCGUGGACAACUUAUGCCCGACACGAGAAGAGACUUAACACCUUUCAUAUGUGCUCUCUUCGACGCAUCCUGGGUAUAAAGUGGCAGGAUAAGAUCACGGCUAUCGAGGUGGUCCGCCGAUCUCAAUUACCAUCAAUUGCCGCUCUUUUGUGGCAAAGGAGAAUGCGCUGGAUUGGUCACCUGAACAGACAACCCGAUGGACGUAUUCCAAAAGAUAUCCUAUUUGGUGAACUGAGUGACGGCAAAAGAUGUACUGGAAGGCCAAAAGAUGUGUACAGAAACGACAUGCAUUUACUAAACAUUGACUCAAAGUCUUGGGAAUGUUUAUCCAAGGACAGAUCUGCUUGGAAACAACAAAUCCCUUGCGGCCUCAAGUAA